UAUACAAGUCUAUGACGAAGACUCACAUAGCAAACAACAUGGCGGCGCCUGAAAGCGACGAGCGAGCCAGCAAACUCGAAUUCUCUCUGGACGUUCCGUUCCCGUCGUCACGCGAGGCCGCCGUCGCUCUGCACUCGCUGAGUCCCGACCGAGAGCCCCGACGCGGAGGCGUCCACAAGCGGCUGACGCUCGUCGGAAGCGUCUUGACAGCCAAGUGGCGCGCCGACGAAGCUCGCAUCCUGCGGGUGUCCGUCAACUCCUUCCUGGAGCACCUUGGCCUCGUCCUGGAGACCAUGCACGCGUUCCCCACCGAAGAACAAGUCUGCGAGGAUCACGACCAGUCUCCUCACACUCGACCUCGUCGUCUUGAUCAAAGUGGACCUUCAAACGGCACACCAGAGCUGGCUGGCCCUUGUUGACAAUGUGACCAAUCAAAUGCUUUAUUUGAAGUAAACGACGCUGACACCAAAAUAAUUUGUUCCACGGAUGACCACGUCACUAUAAAUUUUAUUAUUAUUAUUAGACAGAGAUACCUUGACUUGCAAGUUUUUCCAGUUACGAGCCACAGUGGCCGUUUAUUCAGCGGGACAAAGAGAACACUCACCAUGUACCUGCUGUCGGCCACAACUCACACCCAGACGCUCACGCGCAGACGCACCAGCCAACCAGGAGGAAAAUGAUUGGUGUUGAAAAUUUGAUACAAUGCUUGGGGGACUUUUAAAUUCAUUUACACACGUGAAUACAAUUGUUGUUAAUGACAGAAAUAACUUGAAGCUGACAAAAGUAAUAAUAAAAACUGGAUGAAUAUUAA